AUGUUCUCGGCCUACCCCUCGACCAAGACAUACUUCCCCCACUUCGAUCUGCACCAUGGCUCCGAGCAGGUCCGCGCCCAUGGCAAGAAGGUGGUGAAUGCCCUGGGUGUUGCCGUGAAGAGCAUUGACAACCUCAGCCAGGCCCUGUCUGAGCUCAGCAACCUGCACGCCUACAACCUGCGUGUGGACCCUGUCAACUUCAAGCUGCUGUCGCAGUGCUUCCAGGUGGUGCUGGCUGUGCACCUGGGCAGCGACUACACCGCCGAGGUCCACGCCGCCUUUGACAAGUUCCUGUCCGCCGUGGCCUCCGUGCUGGCUGAGAAGUACAGAUGAGCCACUCGCGCU